UCGUCAGCCUGUUGCGUUCGGAGACAGACAACAAGCCAGCAGAACAGCUCAGCCCAAGUUGCUUCAACUCAGCGUCUUGGUCUAUAAUCAGUCACAAAACCCUAAAUUCAAAGUGCUUUUGAGAAUAUCUUUUAUGAGAAUGGAGAACACAUUCAGUGCGUAAUCAUUUACUCUUAGCGCCACAAAUAAAAUAUUCGAAUAUUCAAAUUUUUCGAUCUAAUUUCGUUUGAUUGCCGUCGUCGCGCGUGAACUCAUAAAAAAUUUGGCCAAUUUAACGGGCCAAAAAAACGAAAUCUUGAAAACCAUAAAUAUUUCCCCAGUGUAAAGAUCAAAAGGAAUUUUCUCGGUAAUUACCUAUUGAUAACGUGAUACGGUUUUAUGUGCGAAAUUGUUUCAAAAGUCUAAGUAAACAAACGUGACUUAAGUACGAGCAUUUAUUUGCAUUUGCUUCCAUUUCACGCCAAAUUAGACGUCAGAUUUAUAUUUUGUGGAUUUGUUGAUUUCUGAAAGAAUUAACUGAAUGAUGAAAGCCACAGCGUGGUUUUGCCCGGUGUUAUUGACUUUACUCAGUGCCACGAGGCUCGUUUGUACGGCACAAAGGGGCGCUGCCAUCGGAGCAGGCGGAGGCUCACUUGCUGGGGCAGAAGCUGCCGGCGCAGGCUAUGGCAACGGAUAUCCUCUGGACUAUCUGGAUGCACAGUCCAUACAGGAUGAGUUCUCUUUGGUGAAGCGGAACAAGCCAUCAUUGUCCAUUGUCAAUCCGUUGGAUGUGCUGCGCCAGCGGCUGCUGCUCGAAAUGGCGCGCAGGCAGAUGCAGCAGAACAGCAGACAGGUCGAAUUGAAUCGCGCCAUACUAAAGAACGUGGGUAAACGUGUGUUCCUCGAGCCAACGACAUGGGUCACCAGACGCUACCAGCAACAGCAACAACAACAGCAACUGGAGGAAGAACGGCAAAGGGAGCAGUUGCGUCGAGAGCAGCUGCUGCAGCAGCAUUUCCCCAGUCAACUGUGGAACAUUGGCUGGCCGCAGUCCAACGGACCGGCGUCGUCUUCAUCAGCAUCGUCACGGUUUUUCGAUUUUCUGCAACGGCCAGAAGCCCAAGUAAAACAGCAGCAGCCAGCGGCAGCAGCACCACAGCAGCUGCUUGACGAUGUCAACAAAUCCCUUAACGCUGGCGCCCUUGGGCUUGGCAACGGUAAGGGUAACGGAGAGGAGGGCGUGGCCAAACAUCAGCAGCCAGACGGAAAUGAAAUUGCAAAUGAAACAAAUCAUGAAAACGGCAGUCGCAAGGCAUUGCCGCUCGGCAAAAGCGCAACAGGCGAUGUGGACAAUGGGGAUGCCGAGGAUGUCGAACAGGAGCAAGACGAUAUGUUGGAUGAGCUUAAGUUCAACUGGGUCAGCGAGCAGCCCGAAGAUCUGGACAUCCCCAUUGAGGCAAGCAAUGCAAAUGCUCGACUACCGUGGCGUCUAAUCUAUCGCAUGCACAAAAAUCCACACUACGCUAAUUAAGAAACAACAGCAGCAGAUGUCGGAGUAGAAGCGAAUUCAGAUGCAGAUACUGAUACAGAUACAAAAACAGAAACAGAUACAGAUACAGAUACGCACA